AUGUCCUUCUUUUCUAGAGUGUUUCGGGGUAAGGACUCUACUGUGACAAAAAAACAGGUUAAGCCUACUGCAGUCAAUACGGCCCCCGCGAAGCCCAAAUGGACCGAUGCGUGGCAGCGGACAGAGGUUGCGCCGGAGGAAGUCCAAGACCUUGUACGAGGGUGUGCGCAUGAGCUCAAGGCUCGAGCUCUCGAUACACCAUUCCUCCUCCUACCGUUCCGUCCUAGCUCCGAUCCUAGUGCAGCUCGCACGUUCAUUCGCAAUUACUUUAAUCAGUCUUUCGAAAAGGGCUCGCCCGUUAAUGGCGAUGUCUUGUCACAGGAGCUCCGGCUCACUGAGCCGAUGGUUCUUUGCGGUGUGAUGAAAUGGUGUUGGAGUAGACUUCCCGGCGGUGUUGUCACUUGGGAGGCGUACGAGACUUUCAAGAUGGGCGAACAUGAUUCGGAUAUGGCCCGCGACGCUUUCUCAACGUUCAUUCCAAUCGGUGGUGAUUCCGAUGCACGCACCAGAAUAAUUCUGGACUUCUUCGACCUUUUGGCUGCCAUUGCGGCCCAUGGAAAAUCUAACGGCUUGGGAGGCCGCAAGCUUUCCCGAUACGCGGGAUGGUGGGCCUUUGAGCAUGUCGACACAGGCAAAGGCUUUGAGGCUGCAUAUAAAAAUUGGGCUGUAGCUGCCGAUGCUACAAGUCACCUGUUCUUCGCCUACCUUCGUUCGUUGUCUCCCGAUGUCCCUCGCGGCGUGAGCGGCAUUUCAUCGCUGCCCAUUUCUCUCCAAUCACUAGUUGAAGCGACCGAAUAUCCCCCUGAAAUUCCGACUUUAUUGCAAGUUACAACCACAAAGGUGGUUAUGAUUGUAGAGAAUGUUUCUCCGACGCCAUUUUCUCUGUUGCGACGCGCCAAGAACUUUGAAUACCGCGACGACGACUGGCACCUGCAGGAGUUCGCCAACUACGAAGACCCCGUCAGCGCACUGACCGAUGAGUGUCUCCGUGUUCUCACAUGUAUCUCAUCUGCGAACCAGUCCAGUGUCUCGAGUACCAAGCAGUCGACCAGUUUACGGGAUGCAUCCUGGUCUCGCUUCGAGGACAUUGGGUUUGGUGGUUUGAAUGACUCUGACCCGGAGGAUGAAGGCAAGGAAAUUGGUCCGCCAGCGACUGGAAAGACUACAAACAGUGGAUCUGCGGGGGGCUUGCAAUCCGUUUCUGAAUCUGGAACAGGUGACCUUGGCCGUCCCACCACCCCCUCGUGGGCAGACUUCAUGUCAUCCGGAUUCGCGGAUGAAAACAGUUUGAAGAACCACGUGGGUCCUCUGCUCUUGCCCCCUGACAAGAUUCUACCUCCCAUUGCACGUGGCAUGAGCUCUCAGUCGCACAAGCGCUCCUUGGACAUCGAGCCGGCUCUUGAGCCGGCCGAGUUGGCGAGUAUCAGCACCCUAGACAUGGAUGACUCGUUUUGGUGGGUUUGGAUCAGCAGUUUGUCAGUUGAUGAACCGUCCGCCCGCAAAGCUGUGUUUGGUCGAUGCGCACUGCUGGAGACCAGAAUUCGGGAUACUAAAUGGUUAAUCCUUGAAGAGCAGAUCAAGGGUGCUGCCCCGGAGCCUGAGGCCGGUGCUCAGAUUGUUGAGAAGAAGCGCUUCUUCAGCUUCGGCAGCCGUAAAGGAAAGCUCAGUCGUCGCAAGUCGUCGGCCAAGAAAAUGCCUGACAUUGAAGACUCCUACAAUCGGCCCAACAACCAGGGAACGCAUAGCAAGACCAGCAUCGGACCGGAUCAGCACAAGCGGAUCCAGGAAGCCGCAGCCGCUCUACAAAGGAAGCACCGCGAGCAAGAAGCGGAGGCAAAAGAGAGCCGCGUUCCCUCCAAUAAUAGUCGUUACUCCAAGACAAAUUCCGUCAUGACCCUGCAGCCUGCCAUUGUGAACGAGGCCUCCCAGGCCAUGAAGUGGACUAAGAACUACGACAAGGGUGCCUUCAGGGCGGCAUAUCUCAGUGAUAACCGCGCUGGCACUGGUUAUGUUGAUGAGCCCCAGGACACACCCGAGCCAAUUUCGAAGGACUCCGAAGAGAAGCCGUUGGUGCCUCUUCCAACCAACACUGCAAAGACUGGUCCCCCACCACUCCCCAAAGAAUCUGCUGCCGCUGUAUCCACCUCUCUUCCCCCUUCUCCGAAGGAAGUGUCAAUGAAAUCUGUACAUGUCACCGCUCCCGAAGAGGAGAAGCCCAUCAAACAGCCUCUCAUAAUUGAAGAAGCCACCGAGCGUCGGGAAUCGGUGGACGAGAUGGGCAAGAAGCUCAAGAAGAAGACUGGCAAUUCUGCCUUUAAGAGCAUGUUUGCUACCAAAAAGAAGCCCGAACAGCAACAGCCUCCCGUGAAGACCGCUGAUGCCAAGGAAGUCUCCAAUGUGGCAGCUACUCGUGCGGCCCUCGAGGCCAGGGCGAAAGCCGCUCAGGAAUCCGGUCCUGUGAAGAAGAAGCCUCUCCCAGGCACCGCCACUGUUGCAGUUACGCCCAUGACUGCUAAGGCGGAAAAGCCCUCGGCACCCGAGCGUAUUCAACCAACCAUCAAUGAGCCUGUGGCGAUACCCCCGACUCCGUCCCAGCCCUCCGUCGCUCUGAAAGAGAACGGUGCGCCGCCCAAGACCAGACGCGCCGCUGAGUAUGAUGAUCUCUCGCGCAUUUGUACCAAAGAACGCGACGCGGCCGAUCAGGAGUUCUCCAAGUUUGAUCAGGGACCCCUAACUGACCAGCCUGCUUUCGCCCCUGAGGAUUCUCCCGAAUAUUCUCCCGUAAGUGUCACCUUCGCAGGACAGAAGGCCGAGGCUCUCCAGACCACGAGUACCGGUAAUGGUGUUCGCCCUGAAGUCGCCACAUCGCCUGAGUCAGCAACGGAAGCUACACAGGAUCGCUGGAAGGCGAUCCGAGAGGCUGCUGCGCAGCGGACUGCUGCUGCUCAAGAGGAGCAGGCACAAGAAAACGACACCGAGGCCAACACCUGGACUAGCCAGUCAGAGCGCACUGACGAGGGAGAUACUAGCGGAGAAGAGACCAUCGAAGCCCGUGUCGCCCGCAUCAAGGCCCGAGUGGCCGAGUUGACUGGCAAUGUGGAGGAUGGACCAAGGCGCUAG